GUAGCCUGUCUACGUUCUCUCAGUUUCGAAUACAUGGACGCUCGCAGAGAAAAUAUCUCUCUCGCCCAUCCCCGGACGUGCGACUGGUUCUUCGAAACUAGCCAAUUCCAACAAUGGCGUCACCGCGAUAAUCUACAGAACCACAAUGGAGUGCUCUGGAUCAAGGGACAUCCUGGAACUGGAAAGUCAACUCUCAUGAAACAUACUUUGAUGCAUUUGGAAGAAGAAUUCUCCGAAACGCAUAUCAUUGCCGCUCAUUUUUUCAAUGCCCGAGGCGAUUCCUCCGAGCAAACGCCUCUAAGCAUGCUGCAAAUACAGCAUUACCAGUCAAAGCCGCUCAUCAUUCUCGUCGAUGCCUUGGACGAAUGCGAAGAGGCACAUGUGCGAGAUGUCGUUGGAUUUCUCGAAGAGCUCAGCAUUAAAGCUAUUGGUGUGGGAGUAGCUCUCUACGUUUGCUUAUCAAGUCGCCAUUAUCCGCAUAUUCGUAUGGAAAAGCACCUACAACUUGUGGUUGAAAAUUCAAGCGAGCAUAAUGAGGAUAUUGUUAUAUAUACUCGCGACAAAUUGACAACAAAAGAUGAGGAGAUCGAGGAAGAACUUCUUGAAAAGGCGUCUGGCGUCUUCAUGUGGGCUGUGCUCGUUAUCAAACUGCUUAACAAAGCAUAUGACGAAGGCCGAAUCGAGGCCAUGCAUAAGACGUUACACGACGUACCCCGUGACCUUGAACAAGUGUUUGAGGCACUCUUGAUCAGAGACAAUCCGAAUAAGCAUGAGACAAUAUUCAUGCUCCAGUUUGUAUUACUGGCGGAACGGCCGCUAAGACCAGAAGAGCUGUAUUUUGCCACGUUGGCCAAAACGAGUACCGAGAAAAUCAAACCCUGGGAUCAAUCAAAGAUUACACUAGAUGAUAUCCGACGGCGCAUCACCAACUCCUCGAGAGGUCUUAUUGAGGUACGAAACAGCGAAGAAAACGAGGUACAGUUCAUCCACAAGUCGGUCAAUGACUUUCUCACUCGAAACAAAAGACUACAAAAAUUAGACCCAGCUCUCAAGGUGAAUGGUCUAGGCAGCAGUCAUGAAUGUCUAAGAUCUUGCUGUAUGGCAUAUCUUAUGGAGGACACGUUUCAAUCAGCAACAGAUCGGAAGCAAAUAAAGGCUCUUGGUUCUUCCUAUCCGUUUUUGGAAUAUGCGUCUGUCUAUCUUCUCGCCCAUGCAGAAGAAGCGGAUAAAAACCAAGUCGGACAAGCCGGAUUUUUACAACGCUUAUUAGAAGAGCCCGAUACUUUGGAAAAAUUGAGGCUUCUUCACAAUUCUUUUGAAGAGUUUCCUGGCUCCGGAUGUGCCAGAGGAGUCAGUUUACCGCACAUAGUAGCGUUUCAUGGGUACACGAGACUUACAACAGCUCUUCUUGAUAAGAAGGUCAACAUCAACACUCAAGGAGGGGCUCUUGGCUCUACACUCCAGGCCGCUGUAUUCGGGGGUGACAAGGAAAUAGUGAAAUUGUUGAUUGAGGCAGGCGCAGAUGUAAACGCCCAAGGAGGCCACUUUGGUUAUGCACUCCAGGUCGCUGCAUCAAAAGGCGAUAAGGAGAUAGCGGAACUGCUGAUCAAUAAAGGAGCAGAUGUUAAUGCUCAAGGCGGGCUUUACGGAAGUGCUCUUUGUGUAGCUGCAGUGGUCAACAAAGGAAUAAUAGUGAAAAUACUGCUCGAAAAAGGAGCAGAUAUCAAUGCCCAAGGAGGCAUGUUUGGUUAUGCACUUCAUGCAGCUGCAGAAGAGGGCAAUAGAAAAAAAACUGAACUGCUGCUCAGAGGAGGAGCAGAUGUUAAUGCUCGAGGCGGGCCUUACGGCAGUGCUCUUUGUGUAGCUGCAGCGAAAGACGAUGAAAAAAUUGUGCAAAUUCUACUUGAGGCAGGAGCAGAUGUUAAUGCUCAAGGUGGGCCUUUUGGAAAUGCUCUUUGUGCAGCUGCAACAGAGGGUAAUAAUGACGUUAUAAGAAUGCUACUCCAAAAAGGGGCAAAUGUUAAUGCCCAAGGAGGACCUUACGGCAAUGCUCUCUGUGCAGCUGCAAUUAAAGGCGAGACAGAUGCUGUACAAUUGCUGCUUGACGAAGGAGCGGAUGUCAAUUCUAAAACAGAAAUCUAC